AUGGAGGUCAGGUACAACCAAGAGACGGAAGGGAUGGGGCUGAGGAAUGGACUAAAGAAGGGAAAAGAUGACAAGGACUCCCAGGGUAGCUUGUCCAAAAGCUUCCUCAAGGAGCAGCCGGACUCCUUCUCACCCUCUGGGACCGCGGACAACUGCGAGAAGAGCAGGGGGAGCACGGCGGACCCAGACUACUGUCGGAGGAUACUAGUCCGAGAUGCUAAAGGCUCCAUCCGAGAGAUUAUCCUGCCGAAGGGCUUGGAUUUGGACCGGCCUAAGAGAACCCGGACCUCUUUCACCGCAGAGCAGCUCUACCGGUUAGAGAUGGAGUUUCAGAGGUGCCAGUAUGUCGUUGGGAGGGAGCGGACAGAACUGGCCCGUCAGCUCAAUCUAUCUGAAACUCAGGUGAAGGUCUGGUUCCAGAACCGGCGCACUAAGCAGAAGAAGGACCAGGGGAAGGACUCUGAGCUGCGUUCAGUGGUUUCAGAAACAGCGGCGACCUGCAGCGUCCUCAGACUACUGGAGCAGGGCCGGCUGCUGACGCCUCCGGGCCUGCCAGGGCUGCCGGGCCUGCCGGGCCUCCUGUCCCACUGUGGGAGUGGCCCAGUGGGCUCCACCCUGCGCCCUCCCUCCAUGGCCAUGGCCAGCAGCGGCAGCAGCAGCGGUGGCAGCACCGGCACGGCGGGGGGCAGCCCUCCGCUGCCCCCCGCCGUCGUCACCAGCUCGGGGACAGCGGCGGGCCUGCAGAGCUCGGCGGCGGCUCACGGCCUCUUCGGCUUCCCCAUGCCCUCCUUGCUCAGCGGCGUCGCCAACCGCAUCUCCUCCAACCCGCUGGCCAUGGCCGGCUCGCUGGCCGGAAACCUGCAGGAACUUUCCGCCCGCUACCUGAGCUCCUCUGCUUUUGAGCCUUACACGCGGACCAACGGCAAAGAAUCCAUGGACAAUAAAAUGGUGGAAUGA